AUGGCCUCCCACCAAGUCGCCAUAGCCAAGGCCUCGCUAGCCGCCGGCCUGCUCAGGCCAGACCCAACAUCCGUCCCUCGCGACGAAAUCACAGCCCUCCAUUCUACACUCGACCGAGCACUGUCGCACUGCUCGCCCGCAAACAUCCAGAGAUGCAAGGCGUGGCUUCUCGAGUACGUGGUCGCGUCGUCGAACCGGGUUGCCCUGUUGGCAAAGUAUUUGGUUGUAUUGUCGGGCUCGCUGGAUACCGGGUCGGAUGGGAAGGAGAAAGAGAAGCAAGCGGUUCGCCCGUCAGCGAAACGGAAACGAUUGCACAUCCUGUACCUCCUGAACGAUCUCUUCCACCACACGAAAUAUCACGCGUCGUCGACUGCGGCGUUCUCGGCGCUUUGUGGGUCGCUGCAGCCGCAUAUGGUCGAGUUGCUGAGUUACGCUGCGUGCUACGAUCGUGAGAAGAAUCCUAAGCAUCAUCGGAGGUUGAGCGAGUUGUUGGAUAUUUGGCAGGAACAUGGGUAUUUUGGCGCCGACUAUGUGGGGAAGCUUCGCGAGGUGGUUGCCAAUUCGGCCGUUUCGGGGCCGGUUACGACGUCGUCCAAUACGCCCGGUGCGGAGAGCAUAGAGCCAGAUCGCAAGGCGCGAGACGGGCCGUAUGUCAUGCCGUCUACCCAUGGAGACCCGUCAACCCCGUACUAUGAUCUCCCGGCGGGGAAUCUCAUCCCGCAUAUCAUCCCCAACUCGACAGUUCCACUCCAGCCGGACAUGAUCAAACCACUGCAUUUUGUGGCGGGCCCGGCAGACGGGAAACUGGUGUCGGCGCUGAAGGUGUUCCUCGCAGACGUCGAUCGGAUCUACAGUCCAGGCAGUUCGGAUCAGAAAGACGGGGAGAUUGUGGACAUUGACGAACUGGGCCAGAGGGUGAUUCGCGAUGAGAUUACAGGUGAUAUCCUAGAAGGCGAGACAUACUACGGCUGGUCUCGGUCUUUCUGUCAGCAGAUGAAGAAGAGAAACGCACGCGACAGAAGCGCAAGCCGCAGCCGCAGCCGCAGCCGCAGCCCUCCAAAGCGCAGACGCUACAGCAGCGCAAGCGACGACAGCAGAUACCGCAGCUCCCGGAGCCGGUCACGGUCACGGUCGCCGCGACGAGGUCGUUACGACUCGCGUUCUCGCUCGCGAAGCCGGUCGUACUCACCGGCGCCGCCAGCUCCUGCCCCCGCACAAACCCAAAGCCACCCGCAGCACCCGCCCCCGCAACAUAACCCCUACAACCAGCCACCGCCACCGCCACCAUACCCUCCACAACAUCAACCUCACCAGAUGCAUUACCCUCCCGCGCCAAACGCAUUCCCCCCUCCGCCGCCUCCAAAUUACCAGGGCGCAUGGCCUCCGCCGCCUCCGCCGCAAAUGCCCAACUUUCCGCCUCCAUUCCAGCAUAUGCAUCAGAUGCAACCCGGUGCACCUCUGCCUCCGCCCCCGCCGGGCUCAUAUGGUUAUCCGCCUGGUGGAAGAGGCUGGAAUCAGCAUCCGCCGCCGCCACCGCCGUCUGGACGCGGAUGGCGGUAA